CGUAAGAGAAAACUUGCGCACGAGAUAAAGGCAGAAACCCAAGACGAAACUGUGGUAGUCGAUACUCGGGUAACAAAGUCGGCAAAGAAAAACAAAAAGGAAAGACCGAAGAGUAAAGCGAGCGAAGUAGACGCCAAAACAGAGACACAAAUCAAAGACGAAACCGUGAUCAUCGAUACCCAGGUAGCAAAGCCGUCAAAAAAAAAAGUUAAAAGAACAAAAACUGAACAAACCAUUGAAAUGAGCGCCACCUUUGCCACGCGGCUCACAAAUGUGACAAAACUUCUCGGGGCUCACGUUAGUAUAGCCGGGGGUGUACAUAAUGCCGUUAACAACGGUCUACAGAUAGGCGCAAAUGCUUUUGCUAUUUUUCUCAAAAAUCAACGAAAAUGGGACAGCGCACCUAUGACAGCUGAUCAGAUAGCCUCUUUUCAAUCGGCUUGUAAAGAACACAACUAUCCUGCCCACUGCAUACUUCCACAUGGUAGUUAUUUAAUCAAUCUGGCUAAUCCUGAUGCACAAAAACGAGAGAGAAGCUACCAAUCGUUUCUUGAUGACAUAAAGAGAUGUGAGGAUUUAGGCCUUUUGCUCUACAAUUUCCAUCCUGGCUCGACAGUAGGUAAAUGUACGAUCGAGCAAUCGAUAGGGCAUAUCGCUGAUUGCAUCAAUAGAGUUCAUGAGGAGACAUCCAACAUUGCGGGCGCUGGAAAUGUCGUCGGAUCAAAGUUUGAGGAACUCGGAGCGAUUAUAGCUAAGGUUAUAGAUAAGAAUCGUGUUGGUGUAUGCAUCGACACUUGUCAUACAUUUGCUGCGGGAUAUGAUCUACGCACGAAGUCUGCUUAUGAGAAGACAAUGACCGAGCUCUUCAAGCAUAUAAAUCCGAAAUAUCUUCGGGGAAUGCAUUUGAACGACUCGCUAUCUGAAUUAGGAUCCAAUCGUGAUCGUCACGCUAACAUAGGGAAAGGUCAUAUUGGUCUUGAAGCUUUUCGACUGAUCAUGAACGAUCAUCGUUUAGAUAACAUUCCUUUAGUUUUAGAAACACCAGUAGGGUCUGAUGACGUUUAUGCACAAGAAAUAGAAUUAUUAUAUAGUCUUGUAGGAAAAAAAGAAGGCGACGUUACAAUCAAACGAGGUUAG